AUGAUAGACAAAGUGCUGGUGUCAGUAGUUUAUGCUAAAUGUGAUAUAGAUGAGAGGGAAGAGUUGUGGGAAGCUAUGGUGGAGUUGGAAAAUCACCAAGACCUUCCUUGGAUAAUAGGAGGGGAUUUUAAUGUCAUAGUUUCUGAUGAGGAGAAGCAAGGUGGUCUUCCAAUCUUAUCCCAUGAGACAUUGGAUUUUUCUACCUGUAUACAAAGUUGUCGUUUGAUUGAUGUAGGAUUCUCUGGAAGCAAAUUCACCUGGUGGAAUGGGAGGAUAGAAGAAGAUUGCAUAUUCAAAAGGUUAGAUAGAAUACUGGUGAAUCAGCAAGUGCUAGACAUCAUGCCAUCCACAACAGUGACUCAUAUGAUUAGACAUGGUUCUGAUCAUGCACCACUACAUCUUGAGUGUAACAGCAAUGCACAUCAUAUUGUCAAAUCUUUUAAGUUUCUCAACUUGGACAAAUCAUCAUACAUUUAUGGAGGUGGUAAAGGAGAAUUUCUGGCGACUUGUGGAAAUCCAUUUUAUAUAUUUCAUCACAAGUUGAAGAAACUUAAAAGAGCACUGAUUGCCACUAUUGAAGAUACUAUAAAGGUGAAGGAGUUGCAGUUUAAAAAUAAUGCUUCAAGGGAGAAUAUAAUGCUGUUACAUCAAGCACCGGCUAAACUAACCAGAUUUUUACACUUGGAGGAGGAGUAUUGGAAGCAGAGAGCUAGUAUGAAAUGGUUCAAUGAUGGAGACAGAAAUACAAAAUUCUUCCAUUCAUAUGUGAGGGGCAAGAGGAAUAAAUUAACUUUGAAAAGAAUGCAAGAUCCAACUGGUACAUGGCUAGAAAAUGAAUUAGCUAUUGGUUAUGAGGCAAUCGGGUUCUUUGAGUCGCAGUUUAGUAAAGAAAACUCAAGAGGGGAUUAUGCAUUGUUGAAAAAUAUUCCUAAGCUGAUAACUGAAGAAUAG